AUGGUUAACGGCAGAGAACCAAAGGAUUUGUCCUGCAGGACUCAAGCCAACUGUCCUGAGGACGAGAUUGUGAUCUCUGGGAUAUCUGGACGGUUUCCCAAGUCGCCUACCAUGCUGGAGUUCACCAAGAAUCUCUACGCGAAGGCUGACUUGCUGGAUGAAAUGGAUCCGCAGUGGAAGGAACCCUUCCCAGAACUUCCUGAGACACUAGGGAUAACAGGAGGUGUUAGAAAAUUCGACUCACCUUUCUUCGGUGUGCACUAUAAACAAGCAAAUCUCAUGGAUCCGUCCAUGAAAUUCAUUCUGGAAUGCAAUUAUGAAACCAUCAUCGAUGCUGGAAUCAAUCCUUUGACUCUGCGUGGCAGCAACACAGGAGUUUUCAUCGGAUCGACUUUUUUGGACAUGGAUCAGAUAUUCUACUCAUAUGAGUUUGUCGGUGCCGGAUUCGCAAUAACCGGAUGCAAUAGAGCCAUGAUGGCCAAUCGACUGUCUUUUUCUUUUGAUUUCCAAGGACCGUCAAUGUACGUAGAUACACUGACGAGCGGUAGCCUGACUGCGAUAGAUGUGGCCUAUUCCGCGAUCAGAAACGGCCAGUGUGAAGCAGCCAUUGUGGGGGGAUCCAACGUCAUCCUGCAUCCUUUCGUGACUGCUCAGCUGGCGCAGAUGGGCGCUCUCUCCAAGGACGGCGUCACGCGGACCUUCGACGAGGGCAUCAGCGGCACGACCAACAGCGAGGCGAAUUGCUGCAUCUUCUUGCAGAAAGCCAAGCACGCGAAGCGCGUCUACGCGCGACUCGUACACUCCAAGUCGAGCCACUCGGGAUACAUAGAGGAGGGCAUCACGACUCCUUCCGUGAAGAUGCAGGUGAAGCUGCUGGAGACCUUCUACCGCGAGAUUUCCCUGGAUCCGGCGGACGUGGCCUACGUGGAGACGCACUGCGAAGGACUGCUCAAGUACGACGCCGCCGAGGUGGCGGCGCUGGACGCGGUGAUGUGCAGGGCCAGGAAGACUCCGCUGAAGGUGGGCUGCGUCAAGUCCAACAUCGGCAACACGCAGCCCUGCGGCGGGAUCUGCGGCAUCGCGAAGGUGAUCAUCGGGAUGGAGAACGGCGCCAUUCCGCCCAACAUCAACUUCUCCAGGCCGCAUCCCGAGCUCAAGGCCUUGGUCGAGGGCCGGAUGCAGGUCGUGACGGAGGCCGAGGAGUUCAGAGGCCGGAACUUCGCCGCCGUGAACUCGGUCAGCUUCGCUGGCGGGAUCUCGCACGUUCUGCUGGAGAGCGUCGCCAAAGAGAAGCUGAACAACGGCCUGCCUGCCGACGAUCUUCCGCGGUUGAUCUCCUGGGCGGGUCGCACUGAGGAGGGCGUCCACGAGAUGUUCAAGUUCAUGGCCAGUCAUCCGCUCGACGCCGAAUUCGUGGGCCUCGUGCACGAGACGCAGACGGAAACGGUGUCCAACAACAUUUUCCGCGGCUUCGGAGUUUUCCAGAAGGACGUCGACGGCGGGAACGCUGUCGUUUUGGAACAGAGCGUCCAGCACUUUCCCGGGGUGAAACGGCCUGUCGUGUGGCUGUUCAGUGGGAUGGGAAGCCAGUGGCCGCAGAUGGGAAGCUCGCUCAUGAGCAUUCCCAUAUUCAGGCGAUCCGUCGAGCGCAGCCACGAAGUCCUGCUCGCGAAGGGCGUGGACCUCAUUGGGCUACUCACGUCGGACGACCCAGAGACCUUCGACAACAUCCUGAACUCCUUCGUCGGGAUCGCCGCCGUGCAGAUCGCCAUCGUCGACGUGUUGCGAGCUCUGCAGAUUCAGCCGGACAUCAUCAUCGGCCACUCUGUCGGGGAGUUGGGCUGCGCCUACGCCGACGGCUGCUUCACUGCGGAGGAAAUGAUCCUGUCGGCCUAUUCCAGAGGGAAGGUGAGCGUGGAGACCAAGAAGAUCUUCGGCUCCAUGGCGGCCGUUGGCCUGGGCUACAGCAGCGUCCGCAAAAUGCUGCCGCCGGACGUCGAAGUGGCGUGUCGGAACAGCUCCACAUCCUCGACCAUCUCCGGACCCGCCGCGUCGGUCGAGGCCUUCGUCGCCGACCUGAAGAACCAGGGCGUCUUCGCCAAGGAAGUCCCUUGCUCCAACAUCGCCUACCACUCGCGCUACAUCGCAGAUAUGGGCCCGAAGCUGUUGGAGCUGCUGACCGAGGUUGUGCGGGAGCCGAAGAGGAGGUCGGCGAAGUGGCUGAGCACCAGCGUUCCGCAACCGAAGUGGGAAGAUGAGGAAAAUCAGCUCAGUUCGGCUCAGUACCACACCAACAAUCUCCUGAAUCCGGUGCUGUUCGAGGACACUUUCGCCAUGAUCCCCAACAACGCCUUGACCAUCGAGAUCGCUCCGCACGGACUGCUGCAGGCCAUCGUCAAGCGUUCCAAGGCUCAGGCUGUUCACAUUCCUCUGACUCAGCGCGGAAACAAGAACAACACGAACUUCUUCUUGGCCGCGCUCGGGAAAAUCUACAUGAACGGAAUCGACUUCCCCAUUCAGAAUCUCUAUCCGGCGAUCGAGUUCCCGGUGUCCAAAGGAACUCCCAUGAUUUCCCCCCACAUUCGAUGGGAUCACUCGGUUGACUGGUACAUUCCACCAUAUAAUUUUCAACACGAAUUCAAUUCAGGAAGAUGCUAUAUUUCCGUCAGUCCAGAUGAUCUUGAACACAACUUCAUCCUUGGUUACGUGAUUGAUGGAGAACUCAUUUAUCCACACAUGGGAUUCAUCUUCAGUGUUUGGGAAACUUUCUCUAACAUAUUUGGGCAACAUUUUUUGGAUAAAGAUGUUGAAUUUUCAGAAAUACGUUUCCAGAAUGAAAUUUUCUUGACCACAGAAAAGGAAAGAGAAUUUUUGAUACUUAUUCAUCCUGGAACAGGAUAUUUUCAGGUUAUUUUUUAUUAUGCUGGCUUUACCUGCUUUAUACGCAAAAAUUUAUUAUAAAAUUCCUUUUUUAUA